ACCUCGCACAACGAAUACCUCCGUUCUGUAGGGUGUCCUGUUCAACUUGUUGUCAACUGACGUCAGAACAUUGGUCACGAACAGCUGUCGUGAGGGUCGGAAUAGGGGGGGGUGUUUCGUUAGAAACUCCCGAUCUGCAAAUCUUUUGUAGGGAUUCUCCCUGUCAGGAUGACUCUGCAGUGGACUGUGGUGGCUCUCUUUCUUUACGUGGAAAUAGCUCUCAUUCUCCUCCUCUGUCUACCCUUCAUAUCAGCCAAGAGAUGGAGGUCUGUUUUCAAUUUGAAUAUAUGGAAUUGGUUAUCUCCUUACUGGAACAAAUGCUUCUUUACCAUGAUCAUCAUCCUCAUAGUCCUCUUCCUGGAUGCCCUGCGUGAGGUGAAAAAGUACUCCGCUUCUGAGCCCAUGCAGGAUGCCAAACUCAACCCCAACCUGUUUGAUCACAUGCACAUGAAGCUGUUCAGAGCCCAGAGGAACCUCUACAUCUCAGGCUUCUCUCUGUUCCUCUGGCUAAUCAUGCGGCGCGUGGUCACCCUCAUAAACCAGGUGGCCAGCUCCGCAGACAUGGAAGCCAGCCUGCAGGUACAGACAGACAGUGCCAACCAAUCAGCCAAGAAGUACCAGGAGGACAACCUGCGACUCAGAAAGGUUCUGCUGGAUGAGGAAAAGGCCAACUCGGCACAAGCUCGACAGAUUCUUUAUGAUGGAGAGGGAGGAAAAAAAGAUAAAUAAUUGUGAACGGCACCAACGAUGACAUCGACGAAGACAAAAGCUUCCUGUAAACCUGUAUGUGGAUCUCUUUAAGCAAGUGUUUUAACCCAUCAAUAAAACAACAAUAUGGUCAAAGAUAUAUAUACCAUGUGUAUUCUACACACAAUUAACACAAUUAAUAAUGAUCCUUAUAUAUUUCCACGACAGGACAAAAAUUGCAUUAUUAGUGAAAUAGGUUUGAAAUCCUCUUUGAAGCUCGGCCAAGACGAAUGUGCAUUGCUUGGAUUAAACCCAAAGCCGUCUGCAUGUUCUAUCAAAGCUACUUUACUGUGAGGCGAAAGGAUUAGAAAACAGAGCAGAGGUGUGUGUGUGUGUGUGUGUGUGUGUGGAGCGGGUCAGGGGUUUAAAUACUAUUAAACACCAACAUCAUGUUGUUUACCAUAGAGGGUGAGGAUGAACGGAUGAGAUUGUUGUUCACAGAUUGUGUUUUUCCCUGUUCAUGUAAUGCCCUUGUUUGUUUACGGACUAAAUCAAUUUGACAACGAGCUAUAGGGGUGUAUUAGUGCAUAACCACGUAUUAUUAGGCUGAUGUGGAAAAGCGUUGCGUUCUGGAUGACAUUAUGAAACUUGAGGACUCGGAACAGUAUUUGUUUAGUGGCACGUGGUUUUGUCUAUCCGUUUGCAGAAAAUAAACAUUUGAACAAA